AUGAAGUGGGAGAUACCGCGACUGAAGAUCGGCGCGCACCGCAAAGACGACGAUGGAGGAGACUCGCCGCCCGUCACGCCCAAAUCCGUCGUCCCGCCGCUGUCUCCACGAGUCGACUACGAGCUGCGAACGGCCUGCGCGUUGGUGCUGCAGAACUUCAAGCCGUCCGACUAUGUCUACCACGAACGGUUUGGCGAUGACGGAGACGAAGAGCCGCAGCUGGACUACAAGACCCAACUGAACUAUGCGGCAUUCAUGCAGGCGUUGGAGGAUGAUGAUGACGAUGCAGGAGCACCGCUAGAUCCUGUGUAUACACUCGCGCAUCCUGAGAGGAAAAGGGCCGACAGCAAUGGCAAACAGGCCGAGUCUAGGCCACCGCAGGUGGAGCAAAAGCCUAAAGCGCCCAGGAAGUAUAGUGGUGGGCUGUGGGAGAGGGUGAGGAGUGAGCAGGAUGAGGAAGAGGAAGAACAAGUACCUCCUGAACCCAUACGGCCAGCUCCAGCUUUGCCACCUGCAAAGGCUCGUUCUGCAUCUCACACGCGAUCGAAGUCGCAGCCAUUGCAGUUUGGGAAUACGAGGAUGAAGGAAGACGCGCUACGACGGCCAGGAAGUGUGCCUAGGUCGAGCUCGAUGAUGACGACCGGUUCUGCAUCUGACGCGACGGACUACGGCUGGAAAGGCUCUACUGCGCCUACCAGUGCUGUUGAUACUCCGGCACAUCUUUCGAAGCGGACAUCAUCGCAUUGGCUGUCGGGACCGAAAGAUGGCGUUGAUGCGAAGGCUAAUGUUCUUGACAACGACUGGAUGCGGCGGGAGUUGGAGAAGCACAAGCACGCGCAGGAGGAAGCGAAGGCAUUGCAACAUGCUCGAAACGAGAGUGACGUCCUUGAACUCGCGGUUGCGGACAGUGUAGCUGAGCCAGCCUGGCCACUUGUCAAGGAUGCACAGCCUGUCGUUAUCGAGAAAGCCCCUGCACCGAUACGCAUACCAGCCCGGAAGCCAGUCCCAAAGUCAGACACGGAUAUGAGCGGGCCCGUCUCUCUUCACCAGCGCUCGAACAGUCGACCAAGCGCGGAGAUGAGGCGAUCCACCAGCCGCAAGCGACACACUCCUCGUUCAGAGAGUCGGACGGAGCUGGAGAUGCUGCGGCCGGAGAGCCGCCAGGGCAAGGACAGCUUGGACACUUUUGCCACAGCUCCUACGAACCCUGUCAACCCUCAAGAGGUGUAUCCCGAAAGACGGCCGAGAGCACCUUUCUCGACUGCGAACCACUCUGAAGUACCUAGCAGGUCGCGGAGCAUUACGCGCCAGAUCAGAGAGUUUAUACGGCCAAGCUCUCGCCAGUCGAGUCGGAAGCCAAGUCGUCAGCCGAGCUUCGAUAUCAGUCGGCCGGAGAGUCGGUCGCGCUCGAUUGACUCUGUGCGCAGUGCUGUUUCUGCGCUGUCGUCGAACGACUACACCUCGAGCAAGUGGAAGAGUUGGCGGCCGUUCCAGCGCAGGGACAGCACGACUAACGUCGAUACUAAUAACGAGGAUGACGGAAAAGGUCAAGGCACCCCUGAUGGGUCUGCAAAGUCCAAGAAGAAGCCGCCCAUCAACCUGAACCGUGAACUGCCGCCGUUGCCGUCACUGGACCAGUGGAAGGACGAAGAGCCAGAGCCUCCUGUGCCAACGAAGCCGACAAACUUCGUUGACCAGACGAACACCUCCAAUGACGCAGUUCAGCACUACGCCACGCAGCCACAGCUAGUCCAGCAUACCCUAUCUGACGGCCCAAGCACCUUCGCCAAACCCCUCGACUCCGCCGUCACCAUCACCCCAACCCAGCCGACCGCCCACCCCAAACGCACCUCCUCCCUCCGUGCCAUGCUCGACCCCUCGAGAUUUCCCCACCCACCGCAAUCAACCAAACCCGAUCCGGUCUUACGCUCCAUCCCCACCUCGCCAGGCAAUAUUCAAGACGCCAAUACCAACAUGUCCGAAGAUCUGCACACCCCGCUCGUCUCCCCCAGUUCGGUCCGCCGGACUUCGACUCAACCCAUGGGCACUGAGCGGUCUGGUUCGAGCCGGAGUCGGAAUUACUUUUCGUCCGGGGGUUUGUCGAGGACGAUGAGUAGUUUGACGAGGCCAUCGAAGGGGUCGAGUCCGGGGGUGGGAGUUGGGGGGAGUAAGAGCGUUUCUAUGGAUCAGGCGAGGUCUGGUGUGGAGCAGCAGGGGAGGGUCAGAGAUGGAGAGGCGGGUGCGGAGUCGAUGGGGACCGAGAAGGAGAAAGGGAAGAAGCGGUGGUGGCGGAGCGCGAGCGGAAAGGGGUGA